CUUCCUACUCAUGCCCCUCAAAAACCCCUAUAUAAAGGCCACUCUACCUUGCUUGAUUGCAUCAAGUCUCCUUCUCAUUCCAUUGUUCAGUUCUUCUUCUUCUUCUUCAUUUUGGUAGUUGUGCUGGAGUUGUUCAGGAGAUGGCUCAGGGAAGAGGCAGUGCAUCAGGAAUUGGAGUGAUUGUUGGGAUCACAUUGCUUGCCCUGUUGCUUCACUUUGAGAUUGUCCAUGCAGCUACCUACACAGUUGGGGACAGCGGUGGAUGGGCCUUCAAUGUAGUUAAUUGGCCUAAUGGGAAGCAGUUCAGGGCCGGUGAUACUCUUAUUUUCAAGUACAAUCCGUCGGCCCACAAUGUUGUCGUCGUCGACGAGAAUGGUUACAGCAAUUGCAAGACCCCAGAUGGGGCUCAAGUGCAUAAAUCAGGGAAUGAUCAGAUCAAACUGUCUAAGGGGCAGAACUACUUCAUCUGCAAUUUUCCUGGACACUGUGAAUCAGCAAUGAAAAUUGCUGUUAAUGCAGUGUAAUCCAAGAUGAAGAGUGUGUCUUAUGUGUAGCACUACUGUAAUAGAAAGUAAUGAACUUCAUGUGAA